AGAAGUUGACGUCCUCUUGGAAUUUUUCAGGUAGGCUAACAGAACACUCCACUACAGUAAUUUUAGCUAAACUUUGGGAAGCCCACGAUCGGUUAAAACCAUUUGCCCCAGCACAGGGAUAUCAGACCCGGUUACGCCAUGGAUUUCGGUCAAGGCUAUACAGACGAAAUUCAGAUCACAAGCAGUGAACUGCAGCAGCUGAUUAAUGAAGGCAAGCUCAACAUGGAUAAUAUCACAGACCCUUCUAUACUGAAUCACUUGAUUACCGAGCAGCCCAUGAACAUCACACCAACAAUGCCUGCAGUCCCAACCAAUCCAGGCUUUGGAGGUCAAACUCAAGUCAAACCAGGAGGCUCACGACCUGUCAUUCGGCAGGGCAGUAGAGGAGGCACAAAGCAGGCAACGACUGAUGGUGUGUAUGUUGAAAUUGUUGAACAGCCGAAACAAAGAGGGUUACGAUUCCGUUACGAAUGCGAGGGACGAUCAGCAGGCAGCAUUCCAGGGGACAAAAGCACUACAGAGAGGAAGACCUUCCCAACAAUCAAAAUUGUAAACUACAGCGGAACAGCUGUUGUAGUGGUCUCCUGUGUAACCAAAGAUGCACCCUAUGAGCCUCACCCUCACAAUCUCGUAGGGCGCGACUGUAAACGAGGAGUGUGUACACUCAAGGUCAAGGACACAAACACUGUCAGUUUUCCACACCUUGGAAUCCAGUGUGCCAAGAAGAAGGAUGUAGAGAGCAACUUGAAACAGAGAAAAGAGAUUAAUGUUGAUCCCUAUCAGAGUGGAUUCAAACACAUUCCCAAGGCUGCAAACAUGGAUCUGAAUGUAGUGAGACUGUGUUUCCAGGUUUUCCUGCCAGACGAGUCGGGAAAGAUAUCUCGAAUCGUUCCUCCGGUAGUCUCCCUUCCCAUCCACGACAAAAAGGCCUUAAAUGAGCUUGUGAUAUGUCGUGUGGACAGGUCAUCGGGAAAGGCAAAGGGUGGCGAUGAGGUGUUCCUUCUGUGUGAGAAAAUUAACAGAGAGGAUAUUGGAGUUCGAUUUUACAAAGAGAACGAUGCUAACGAGUCUGUAGUGGAAUGGGAGGAAUAUGGAGACUUUAGUCAGAAUGACAUUCAUCGACAGUACGCCAUCGUGUUCAAAACCCCACCGUACAAAGACACCUACAUCACAAGACCAGUGGAGGUGAAAAUGCAGUUAAAGCGUAUGAACGACACAGAAACCAGUGAUCCUAUUCCAUUCACCUAUAUGCCGGAAGAUCCCGAUCCAGAUCGACUGAUUGAGAAGCGAAAGCGGAAGGCCGAAACAUUGAGCAGCUAUGGCAUUUUUGGGGACGGUUUGCAGUCCUUAUCACCGGAUGACAUCAAACAGAGGCUGAAGGUGAAGGCCACCAAAUCAAGAAUCAAGCAAGAAAAACCGGAAAGUAACAACUUUGACUUGCCAAAUUACUCAUUCAACAAUCUUGGAGCAUCUGUAAUGCAGACCGAGGUGCCCAUCACAGCGCCAUCAUCUAUGAAUGUGCGAACAGCAGACAAUUCAGGCAUGGGUAGCGUUACUGUAACACCGACAGAGUCUGUGAGACAACAGCUGGCAAGUCUUCCUGAAAACCAGCAAUUUGAAAUCCUCCGUCAGUUAGCCAUGAACAAGCUGCAACAAGAAGCUUUACAGAAACAACAGCAACAGCAACCCGGCAACAUCCCAGUUCCCUCAUCCUCUGUGCCAUUUGCUGACCUCUUCCAGGCACAGAAUCAGCAACAGAUUGUACAGCCAACCAACUCAGGUAGUAAUGUGUUGCUUGCUGAUGUUUCUAUGCAACAGGGCCUGCAGGGGCUGAUGUCGGGGGCAACACCACAAGACCAGACAGGUGGGCAGACAAUGGACUUGAACAUGUUGCAGACAUAUCUCGGUGACCAGGGUACAAAUGUGUCAUUUGAGAGUAUUGAGGGACUAUCUGGCAAUCUGCUCAACAUCAGCUAUGAUCCGAAUGUAGCGGCCAUGGAGAACGUGAUGAGUGAGACGAGCCAGGCGAUACAGGGUCUGAGUCAGUCUGGGUCGUAGUGGACAUAGGACACACGUGACUGUUGUUGUUGUUGAUGAAGACACGCAACUGUUGUUGUUAAUGAGGACACACGCGACUGUUGUUGUUGAUGAAGACACACGCGACUGUUGUUGUUGUUGAUGAAGACACGCAACUGUUGUUGUUAAUGAGGACACACGCAACUGUUGUUGUUGAUGAAGACACACGCGACUGUUGUUGUUGUUAAUGAGGACACACGUGACUGUUGUUGUUGAUGAGGACACACGUGACUGUUGUUGUUGUUGAUGAAGACACGCAACUGUUGUUGUUAAUGAGGACACACGCGACUGUUGUUGUUGAUGAAGACACACGCGACUGUUGUUGUUGUUGAUGAAGACACGCAACUGUUGUUGUUAAUGAGGACACACGCAACUGUUGUUGUUGAUGAAGACACACGCGACUGUUGUUGUUGUUAAUGAGGACACACGUGACUGUUGUUGUUGAUGAGGACACACGUGACUGUUGUUGUUGUUGAUGAAGACACGCAACUGUUGUUGUUAAUGAGGACACACGCGACUGUUGUUGUUGAUGAGAGAUUUGAAUACUAGUGUUGUAGCUUUAUGUAAUAUAAAGCAGUGUUUUAGUAACAUCGUGUGGAAUGUCCAAAUGUUUGCAUUAAAAACAGCAAAAUAAAAUGUAAGAAAGCAAUACACUGUAUGAACAAGUCUCCGACUGUGGUAUACACAUUCCACAUACACGGGUUGGCCCUGUGCGACGCUGGUUCUGUGUUCACGAGUUCACAGGUAAACCCUAACAAAAGGGGGAUUGGUGUGACGUUCCAGGAUGACCUAUACACAAUGACCAUGAUGUGUAAGGGGGAUAUAUUUAUGGUUGGACAUUGUAACACACUGUCAUUAUUAUUAGUAGUGUGCUGUCCAAUACUAAUCCAAUUUUUUUUAAAUUGAUUUACACUUAAGACGUUAUAGGUGUCAUGCAAUGGACAACAUCAUCAUGAUUUUGCUAGCGAGUUUGACAUGUAAAACCUGUUUGAUUGCUCCUGACUACCCAGCUGUACCAAAUGACAACACCCAAUAUUGAGACAGAUUAUUUGUUUUAAUGGACCAACAUAUUAGUUAUAAUUGAGUCUUCCAAGCUCAGAGGUAUGAGUUGUUGAACCAAUAAAUGUUCCCUCCUUAAACGGAGGCACAUUCAUAGUUAUCCAUGUAACUGCUAUAUUACCUUUAAAUAAUUGUUGUUUUGGUAAUUUCCCAGUACAAAAUAACAUCAAGUGGCAGGACGUCAUGAACGGGAAGUCGCUCAGUUUUGGUUUCUUUACUGUCCCGUAAGCAGAACACGGAAUGAACAUUCUGAUUUUGCUCGGGUCCCACAAUAGACAUCACUUGACGACAACAGGUAGUGGGAAGCAGCAGAUCUUUCCCCAAAUCUGCACAGGGUAGAAUCAGGUCAACGUUAACGGUGGCCGGGUGUAAUGGUGGUCCAGCGUUUCUCGUAGUGCACAUGUUUUAAUCAAAGUCUGAAGCUUGUAGAUACACAACAAGCUAUCCAUUAUGAAUCAUGAUCAGUCCUCACUCUCUACAUAUACCCCUUUAUUAACAGUGCUUAUAAAGUGCUGAAAACUUUCACGAUUUUUAUCAAAACUCGUCCAACAAAGACAAUGUAUGAUAAGUAGGCUAGGUAAUCCAGAACUCUGUAAAUACCAUCCAAAGGAUGACGAGGGCAUUCUGUAAUCCAGAACUCUGUAAAUACCAUCCAAAGAAUGACGAGGGCAUUCUAUGUGAAUUUGAUUCUGACGAGCAAUGCUCUAGAAACAUGUGGUUCCUGUGAUAGAAAGGUUCUGUAACAUUUCAGGAUUGUAGUAAUAUUACAUUGUAACACAUAUAUCUAUACACAUGUAUGUUUAUUGUACUGUUGAUCAUGUUACGGGAAUCUUGUGAAAAUUCAAUAUUGAUAAUGAGGAAUCUUUGUGUUCCUCCCAUCACUACAAACAGAAUCUGUCGUAUAGGAUAUACAGCCAUUAUUUGCUGUAUUAAAUAGGAUAUACAGACGUUAUUUGCUGUAUUAAAUAGGAUAUACAGCUAUAUUUGCUGUAUUAAAUUUGAAAAGUUGGUACAGUGUCAUACAGAUGUGAUAAACAGUAUCCGGUUCAAUGCUAUUUCUACGUGUUUUAAUAUGCUUUUCCUUCAUAUUUUAAAGAAAAAGUAAUUUUCAAACUGAUUGAAAAUCUUUGACAUUAUGAACAGUUUAAGAAUGAAUUUUAAUGUAAAUUGCCUGAUCAGGAAUGGAGGUUUGAAACCAGUUGUAUGAGAUUUUGUUGUUGUAUAGUGCUAUCCUCGAUCACAGAACAUUUUAAUUCUAGCUAUAUAACAAGCCUGUUGUUGAUCUGUUAUUUUAUUACUUGUUAGAGUUGUUUUAUUCUAUAUAUAUUCACACUGUUACCUUUAUAUAUUUUCUUACUGCUUGUCUUCUGUCGUUUUCCCCAAAAAAUGAAAGACACAAUUUAUGUCCAACAUCUAUGUAGUAAGCCUGCUGAAAUUCACAACACGUAUUGUAUCAGUAUGUCAAAACAGUUGAAUACCAAUACAAUUCAAACGGUUCAAUAAUUUUAAAGUGUGAAAUGCUCUCUGAAAAAAAAAUGAAACAAAACACUUUGUAGGGUUUUUGCUAAGACAAUUUUCCAAGUUUUUAUUUAUUUUCAAGUGAAUAUUACCUUGUAAUAUAAAUACAUUCAAAAUGGAUUUCUUAGGUGAAAUAACAGUUGAAAUGUUAAUAGAAAUCUUAAGGUUAUAUGACUAAACAAGGUAGUUCAGGUGAAAUUGGACAGUCAUAUCUAGCAUUAGAUAUGAAUCUUGUUAAUAUUUAUGUUUAUUUUAUGGUCAAUAUUCAUCUGCUUCACGGUGAAUAUUUACGUCCUUUAAUUGAAUGUUUUCUGGCACAGGAGUAUGGUGAAUAUUUUACUGUUUUGGUGAAUCGCUUACAGUGAGAAAACCCUCACCUUUCACGGAAUAUAAAAUGUGCAUCGUCUGGUAGCUAAAUAUGGUGUUAACUUUGUUUUCAUCAAAGAACUUGUUGAAAUGUAAACCGGUUCUGUAGUAAAUUAUGUAUAUAUUUAUGGUUAAUUGUCAGAGAAACAUGUAAAUCAUGAAGAAAUCUAAUUAAGUAGACUAUCGUAGCAUGGGUCCUCAUUUUAGACCAAACACUUAUUGAUUAUUUCAGUAUCUAGUACUGGGAUGAACAUGUCCUUUUUUAAUGCGUAUAUGAAGAUUUUCAGACAAGAAAAGCAUUUGACCUUGAUGUAUAUUAAAAUAUGUAUAACUAUU